AGUUUAAGUUCGAAUUUCGGGCUGUUAAAAAGAUGAAUGAAUACUGCCACUCCGAAGCUAUCUUUAAAAGGUGAAAAUAUUACUCACUUACACUAAUUAAAAUUGUAUAGAGUGCUGAAAAUAAGGUAUGAUAAAGAGCAAGAACCUGUACGUGAUAUAUCAAUAAAUGACUGUUUAAGCUUAUGUACAGAUGACCCACUUUGUCUUAGUAUAAUUUAUGAAUUAGAAAGUAAAAGCUGUUGGUUGAGUACAGAAUUUUGUCAAAGUUAUCAAACUUCUAUCAAUUUUGAUACUAACUUCCUCCAUUAUGUGAAAACGUCUUCUGAAUGCGAUUUUAAAAAAAAUGGGGAAAUUUACUUCUUUGACGAACCUACUGGUUAUUGUUUUUUUUUAUAUUAUAAAGGAGAACUUUCUUAUGAUCAAGCCGAAAGAUUUUGUCAUGAGAAAGAUAUGCAUUUAAUAAAAUUAGAUCUUUCUCAAACAAUGUUAUAUUUUCAUUUACGACUAAUAACACUAUUUAAAGAGAAAGCAUAUUUAUGGACGAGUUUAAAACUUUCAGAAAAAGGUCCAAAAUGGGAUAAUACGAAAUUUUCAACAAUACAAAAUCUGAAAAGAAAUUUAAAGUUGAAAUAUUCUAAAAAUAAAUGCGUAGCUGCUCUCUUGAAAAGAAACAGAGAAAAUAUUACAUUUAUCACAGAGAGUUGCUCAGCUAGACGUUCAGUUGUGUGCUGGCGUCCUCUUUAUGGGGAGUGGUCAGAAUGGAGCGCUUGGACAAAAUGCCGCCAUAAUUUAAUAUUUUGUAAUAAAUUUAUAAUGGAACGCUACAGAAAUUGUUCUUUUCCUGUUCCGCAGAAGAAUAAAUGUGGAGAUUUCGAUUCCGAUCAAAAAAUAGAUAUUGAAAAAGAAGAAACUACUGAAAUAUUGACCGAAUCUACUUAUAGAGCGUUUAUUAUUUUGGGCGUCCUAGGUGCAAUUUUAAGUAUAAUAGGCAUUGUAUUGUUCUUCAUUGUCGAUAAAUGGAAAAAACAGGUGAAAAAGAUACGUAGGCUGCAAAAGAAAGCCCAGGAAGAGUUUGGAGAUAAUGAGUACUUAGGAGGAGACUUUGCACCGGAAAGUACAAAGACAGACCUUGAAGUAAAUUCAAACCGUUAUUCUAUACCUCGUUUAAAUCGCUGA